AUUCUCGUAUUUCCCUAUUAGAUUGAAGACAUGUGUCGGAGAACUAGGGCUUCUGCAGUUCCAAUCGUUGCUGAUUCUGAAGGAACCGAUACAAAUCCAUAUUCACUUGAUGCCUUGGCUGUAUUCAUGUUCCGGGUACUUCAACGAGUUAACCAUCCGGGAAAGCUCGACAAGGAAUCUUCAAAUGCAGGCUAUGUGCUAUUGAUGUUUUAUCACCUUUAUGAGGGAAAGAACCGUAGUGAAUUUGAGAGUGAAUUGAUUGAGCGCUUUGGCUCCCUCAUCAAGAUGCCACUAUUGAAAUCGGACAGGACUCCUUUACCUGAUCCUGUUAAAUCAGUUCUUGAGGAGGGCAUAGAUUUGUUCAAUCUCCACAACAGAAGACAUGGGAGAUUAUAUUUCUGCAAGCUCAAAGGAAUUGUUGUUACAAUGUUUCUAACGCGAUUUGUCGGGAGGAGAUUCUUGGCGGCUGCAUCGGCGAGAUCGGAGUCCACUACUACAGCAGCUGCCUCAGCGAUUCGGACGCCCCAAAAUCCACUCGAGGAGUUCUUUGAGUUUGACAGAAGCCAGGAUGAAGAUAAACUGUUGUCUACGCUGAUUUGUGGUAACUUCUCUCUACUUAAUGCUAGUUUACAUUGUUUUCCCAAAUCCAGGCUCUUAGCUACUUGUGGAUUGUUCAUAGAAUGUCGAGGUUGGAAAGCUUCAGAACUACGUCUCAAGUCGUGGGAUGAUCUUCAGAAGCUGUGGUACGUUCUUCUCAAAGAGAAAAACAUGUUGAUGACUCAGCGUCAGAUGCUUCAAGCCCAGAACAUGCAGUUUCCAAACCCUGAACGCAUUCCAAAGGUGAGGAGAUCAAUGUGCCGCAUUAAGCAUGUGCUUAUAGAGAGAGCGAUUGAAGAACCAGAUCCUAGAAGAUCAGCCGAGAUGAAGAGAAUGGUAAAUGGUAUGUGACCCAUUGGCUCUUGUUUUGGCAACCUAGCAGUAAGCUCGAGUCUAUUCGCAGAGGUGUUUAGUUUUUGGUAGUAAGAAAUAACGCAAGAGGCUGAAGAAGACUUGGUAUUUUGUCCUUUUGGAGCUGGUCUAGUGAUUGUCAUUGUAGUGUCUGGCAGUAGAAAAAUGUUUGGUUGGUAUCUAUAUAAACAUUCCUGUAACCU